AUAAAAACGGUUCAUUUUUGGGAUUCUUUCAUCUUUGUUUGUGUUGUGGAUCACCAAAAAAGAAGAGAUUUAUUGAUUCCAUCAGAAGACAUUAAACGUUUCCAGAAAAAACGUUUAAAAAAAAAAUUUGAUUCCAGAAAAAACGCACUCGCUAUCAAAAUUCACAUUCAUGUGUUUGGAGAUUCAUUCAUAUGAUGAUGAAAAUAAUCUUAUUCGAUUGCUAGAAUUAAAAUUAGGCCCACGACGUAAGGUUAAAUCUUUUUUUAUUAAGAGGGUUAUUAAUAUUUCCAUAAUGGAAGAAGGUUACAAACACCACAGCCACUGGAUGUCUUUGGAUGGGAUGAGACUGAGAUGGUCGGAUCACUUGUUUGUCUCUCAAAAUGUUAUCCAUCCUUCCAAAGCUCCGAAAUCUAUGUUGUUUUGUAUUAUAGAUUAUGUUUUAUUCAAACUAUGCAGGAUGGAUCUGAUAUAUGCCGAAGCACCCUUUAGUCCUAGAGAGCUUCUCUUAGAGAAGCAAAAACUCUUCCAGAGCAUUCAGAAACACAACCAUCUUAAAGGGAGAUAUGAUAAGCUCACUUCGGUCAUUAUUCCCCUUGGAUUGGCACUCACUUGGAGUCAUGAUUGCUCAAGGGAUAUACAAUAUGUCUCACGGGAUUGGGAAGAAGGAAUGAAGAAAAUACUUCCUUGCUUGGCAGGAAAGAAUAAUGGCAUUGGUUGGUGCGGCAGAACUUCAUGUGUAUUUUUGGAUUCCUCUUGAUAUUGUCCACCGUCCUAGUCAAUUUUUACUUAAUUGAAUUGACUUUAUAACCCGUUCGGUUGGGAGAAUUCCUAUGAAUCCAAUUCCCAGGGAAUGCUCCCAAUUCCUUGAACCAAACGGGGCUAA